AUGUCACCCUCUUCUGCUCAAAGAGUUCUUCUUAAAUCUAUAGCAUCGGCCGACCCAGAAGGACGUUUUGAAAUCGUCGAUGAUAUUCAAACAUUUUAUAAAAUAGCAAUCCCUCAACAAGAAGAACAAAAACAAAAUUUACAUGUCAAUAGCAACAACAACGUAGAUUCAGAUAAACCUGUGAUUUUAUGUCUUCAUCAGAUUUUUGGAAAUUUAUACACAUGGAGACAUCUCAUGCAACCACUUGCUAAUGCUACAGGUUGUCAUGUAAUAGCUUAUGAUAGAGUAUGUUUUGGUUUUACCGAAAGGCCAAUACAAUGGGAAGAAGGCAAAAAUCCUUAUACACAAGAAGCUUCAUGUGAAUUUGUAUUGAGGUUUUUAUCAUGUUUAGGAUAUGCAAAUAAAAAGAUUAUAUUUGUUGGAUCAUCUGCUGGUAGUGCAAUUAGCUGCUAUCUCUCAAUAAAAUAUCCACAUAUUGCUUUUGCUUUAAUUUUUCUUGGUCCACCAUCAAUUAUAUGUAAGAUUAUAGGAUCAUUUCUUGGAAAAUUGAUUCUUAAAUUUUUUCUACGCACAUCUUUUCCAGCACAAUCAUUAUAUAAUGAUGUAAAGUCGAUUCCUGAUUGGGAAACUGUGGUCAAGCCUUGUUAUAGAGUACCAUUAACUUUACCAAAUUUUUAUGAAUCAGUUGCAUUCCUAAUGAAAUAUUUUAUUCCACUUGAAAUUCUACCACAUAAAAAUGUAUUACAAAAAAUUCCAAUUUUAUUCAUGAUAGGAGAUAAUGACACAUACACAAAAUAUGAUGCACAUAUAAACGUAUUCGAAGAAAUCAAACUGGGCUCAUCGUCUGAUUCAAUCUUGGAGUUUAAAGCACUGACACAAUGUGGACAUUUUCCUCAAGAUGAAAAACCUCAAGAAAAAUAUAUUAAUAUUAAUAUAUCAGCAGAGUUUCCUUUUUUGAAAACAGAAAGUAUAUAUGUAGAUCCCUCAAUUGAAAAAAUUCAAGAUGAUAUUAAUAAUGUUAAGAAUAACGAAAAUUCAAUUGAAACAUCAAAUACAAAGCUUGAUAAUAGAUCUUCAUUAUUACAACAAAGAUCCAAUGCUUAUAAUUAUACACUUAGUUGGGGAAAUAUUUUAAAAAAUCUUUCCUACAUACUUAUUUGGUAUUUUUUCUCUACUGUUUUAUCAUUCUAUAACAAGAGUUUAAUGGGGAAAGAUAAUUUCAAUUUAAAAUUACCAUUAUUUACAAGUGCUAUACAUACUGGAAUGCAUUCUAUCAUAACUCUUGUUUUGAUGAAUGAUACUUUACCAUUUAUUUAUGAAAGAAAAAAAGGAAAAUCAAUAUCAAUUCAUAGUUAUGUUACUAGAGUUAUUCCAUGUGCUGUGGCUGCUGCAUUAGAAAUAUGUAUGGCUAAUGCAUCCCUUGUAUAUAUAACACUUAGUUUUUAUACUAUGGUAAAAUCAUCUACACCAGUUUGGGUUUUGCUUUUUGCAUUUUUGUUUCAUUUAGAACAACCAAGAAUUUUACUUGUAUUGAUAAUAACAGUGAUAAGUGUGGGUGUGAUAUUGACAGUGGCAGGGGAAACAAAAUUUAAUCUGAUAGGGUUUUUAUUAGUAUUAGGUGCAGCAAUUAUUAGUGGAUUGAGAUGGACAUUGACACAAAUAUUGUUGCAGAAAGAGGAAGGAAUGAAUGAUCCAAUCUCAACACUUUAUUACAUCUCACCUGUAAUGUUUAUCAUGAUGCUUAUUCUUUCUUUAAUGUUUGAAAAUCCUUUAUUCAUCUUUAGUACUUCUAUACAUUUUAGAAGUUUUAAAACUAGCUUACAAACAUUUGGUUUAAUGUUAACAGGUGGCUUGUUAGCCUUUUGUAUGACUGUAGCUGAAUUUGCUUUAAUCAAAAACACAAGUACUGUCACGCUAUCUGUAGCUGGAAUUAGUAAAGAAGUGCUUGUAAUUGCUCUUUCUGUCAUUAUUUAUGAUGAUGCAAUAACUUCUAUAAAUUUGUUGGGGCUUAUAAUUUCAAUCUCUGGAAUAACAGUAUAUAAUUAUUACAAAAUACUUAAACCAACAAAUACAAAUCAUUAUCAAUCAUUACCAUCAACAUCUCAAUAA